AUGGCUGCUGCUACUACUCUCUUUGUUCUUCUCGUUUCAUGCGUGAUAUUGACUAUUUAUGGAUUACCUGUAGAUGUACUGAUUCCACCUCCACAAGUUGAAACUAACGGUGAUGGAGCGGCGCCAAAAGGUUUGAAUCCACAAUUGAUUGCUGGCGGCUUCGAAGGAGAUAUGAUGUUUCCUGAUGGUGCUGAUCCAGCACGCGGUGUAGCUAUUAUUGGUAAACGUCAAUGGCCUAAUGGUGUUAUUCCAUACGAUAUGUCCGCCAUUACCAAUGUACAAGAUCAACAGAAGAUCACCAAUGCUAUGAACACUCUUAUGUACGCUGUUGGUACACCCAUUGCCGAUUCUCAAAGUCGUACUGCAUGUGUUUUCUUCCGACCACGUCAACCUUCCGAUAAGGACUACAUCUCAAUUCGAUAUGGAUCUGGAUGUAGCGCUAAUGUUGGCUACACACAAGGUUUUCAAUCCAAAGUUACAUUACAGCAAAAUGGUUGUUUCUAUACCGGUACCAUUCAACAUGAACUCAUGCAUGUCCUCGGGUUUUUUCAUGAACAAUCUCGACCUGAUCGUGAUAAUUAUUUACAAAUUAACCUCCAAAAUGUUCGACCAGACAUGACACAUAACUUCGAAAAAUACGCUUGGGGAUCAAGUGUAUAUAAUCAAGGAACACCUUAUGACUAUAAGAGCGUUAUGCAUUAUGAAACAACCGCCUUCAGUAUGAAUGGAAAACCAACCAUGGUUCCACGGCAAGCGGGUGCCACUAUUGGUAGAGCAGAAAUGCUUAGUGCACUCGAUAUCGCUGAAGUUCGUCACUUCUAUGGUUGCAAAGCGUAG